AUAAUAAAGUUAUUUCCAAAUUGGCAUUCCAAGGUACAAUACCUUAAAGCGCGCACUCUCUCUCUUUUUUUGGUCCUCCAAAACCAAACCCCUCUAUUAUAGCCAUAUUGUCUCGGUCAGAUUCUGAGCAUUGUCAUCACCGUCCCUCAGAUCCUUCACAUCAAAAGCAAAGUCCAAAUGAUAUAAACCAGCUGAAAAGGUCUAAGCUGAAGAUGGUGAAGCUAACUUUGAUUGCCCGUGUAACUGAUGGUCUUCCACUAGCAGAAGGACUGGAUGACAGCCGAGAUUUAAAAGAUGCUGAAUUCUACAAACAGCAAGUCAAGGCUUUGUUUAAAAACCUAUCAAGAGGUCAGAAUGAGGCUUCAAGGAUGUCAAUUGAAACUGGCCCUUAUAUUUUCCAUUAUAUUAUCGAAGGACGUGUUUGUUACUUGACAAUGUGUGACCGUGCUUAUCCUAAGAAACUUGCUUUUCAAUACCUUGAAGACCUCAAGAAUGAAUUUGAGCGUGUUAAUGGGGCUCAAAUUGAAACUGCUGCCAGACCUUAUGCCUUCAUAAAAUUUGACACAUUCAUACAGAAAACCAAGAAACUGUAUCAGGACACCCGUACCCAGCGGAAUAUUGCAAAGUUGAAUGAUGAACUCUAUGAAGUCCACCAAAUAAUGACUCGCAAUGUUCAGGAAGUUCUUGGCGUUGGUGAAAAGUUGGACCAAGUCAGUGAAAUGUCAAGUCGGUUAACAUCAGAAUCUCGUAUAUAUGCUGAUAAGGCACGAGACUUAAAUCGACAGGCGUUGAUUCGGAAGUGGGCUCCCGUUGCCAUUGUAUUUGGAGUGGUCUUUCUCCUCUUCUGGGUUAAAACAAAGAUCUGGUGAUCAUUCUGAAAACAGGUUGCGCAUUUCCUCUGCACUUCUUGUGGCAAAAUAGUCUUAGACUCCAGUUUCAUGCCAAUCCCCAUAUAUACUUAAAAUUGUGUUUCAAGACGAAUUCUAGUUCUUUUUUGGCUUAGGUUAAGGAAACUAGUCCAAUAGGUACCUAUGGAGAUAGAUCUGCUUGUAAGAUUGUGGAAGAGAGACCUGUUACCUUUAAGACCAGAUAAGGAGCCAAAUUUAUUGUUUGAAAAUAUGAGAAAUCUUGAUAUAUGUUUGUUACUUCUACUUUUGAAUAUUUUCUUUUGAUUACUUACAUUGAAAUACUCAGAGUAAGAUCAUGUUAACCUUUCUAACUCA